CUUUCAUGUUGUAUAAAAAAACACCGCCAAAUGAAAACAAACAACAGCUGCUUUUGACAACACCCACAAAGCGCAUGCGUAAUUUUUUUCGUUGUUACACAAAUGUCAGACAUGAAACAAUUUUAUCCUAGUUUUGGCAUUUUGUAACACAAAUGAGGGUGGAAUUCGGUAGUUGCCUUGCAAACGGAUACGUACUGAUACAUUCAGGACAGUUAAAAAGUUAGUCAAGGAAAAUAUACAUAAGUGUUCUCACGGGGAAAUCGCAGCUGCUGGUAAAAAAAAAAAUUAUAAAAAAAAAAAAAAAUGUAUAGUAUAUUUAAGCGACUAUGUGAUUAAAAAAUAGUGAAAAUAAAAACCAGUGCAUUCAAAGAAGUACAGAAAAGUUAAAGAGCUGCGUUUAAAGCAAAAAAUUUAAUUUAACUAGUGGCUAAAGUGAAAGAAUUUGUAGAAAUCAAACUGCACUUAAGAUAGAAUGGCUAAAAAAAUAUCCUUCAAUGUCGUUUUCGCCUCCGAUGAGGAUCCUGCCUUUCCAGCCAGCGAGCUUAACACCCACGGUCCGACAGUGCAUGGAUGGCGUAGCGCGCCGGGCAGCACCAUAACACCGCACGAUAUAGUUUUACGUUUUCAUAAGCCCGCUAAAAUUUAUCGCAUACAAAUCUUAGCACAUCAGUUCCUUAUACCCGAGAAAGUCGAACUAUGGCUUCACUACUCCCCAAAGGGUAUACCUAGCACUCCAUCCUCGCAGUGUUUCGACUUCCUAGGUUUUGUCGCGCUAUCCGACAACGCCGCUACCAAUUACAAGUCGCGCGAACUGCAAAGCGUUUCGGUGAAUCCGCGACGUGGCACACAUUUAAAGUUACGUCUAAGCAGCGCGCAUCGAAACGACUACAAUCCAGAUGGGCAAAUUGCGCUGAUUGCGGUCAAUGUCUUGGGCGAGGAAUUGAAUAAGAAUGUUGCUACUGUAGCGUUGGAUGGUGGCGCGCAGGUGGAUUCACAAGCACAGUUACCUGCUGGAAGCAACGGUGCGGCAACGUCGAGCAAUGAGUCGAGCAACGCGGACGUAGCUGCUCAAACAGGCGCUAACGCUGGCACCGCCGAACCAACGUUGAUGUCUAUUUGCGAUGAUUUGCUCUUUUCCAUGUAUGUCGAGGAGUCCAUAGCGGAGAUUAUACGCGAAAUGGAAGAGAAGAAAUUGCAAGCGGUGGGCGCGGAACGCUUCGAAUAUGCACGCAAGCUAAAGUUGUGUAUGACAUCGUUGCGUACCGCUGGCGAGCGGUUGGGCCGUUACGCGCUCGCUAAGCGGCAAGCGGUGCAACAGGAGGAUUUCACCACAGCCAAGUUGCGAAAGGAACAAAUCGAAAUGUACAAGGCGCUUGUAUUGAAGCAUUUGUUGGUGCUCGAUUUAUUGGAAGCGGAUGGCUUGAACGCUUCCAAUGACAUGGCGUGCGAAGUGUAUGCCAGCAAACCGAUAUUACCACCAGCGCCUAGCUUACAAGAUGUCGCACAAGCGCUAGCGGAAGCGCACUAUCAAACAAGCACAAUGAGCCCAAAGAGUCUGCAAGAUGAUCGUUCCUCAACAGAUGGUUGUUGUUCGAGCAGUGUUGGAGGCGUACAUUCAGCAACAGCUGCUGCAGCACAACACAAUGCCAACGACGGCGUGUCACUACAAUCAAAUGCAGCACUGCGUAAAUCACACGACGACAUACCAAUUUCACCAAAAUUAGGGAAAGGGCGAAGUCCAAGUCGACACAGCUCGCCAAUGUCUAGCCGCCAAGGUUCGUUGCGUCGCAGGAAUAAGAGUGCACCACGUAAUUCUUAUGAAGACUACGAAGAACGUGCAAUACCAACGUUGAGACAUUCAAAUACUAAUGAAUUUUUAAGGGAAUGCCAAGGUACAGCCCUACUGGAAGCCGAUCCCAAUCGCGGACGUUCGCGUUUAAAUGAUCGCGAACGUCGCCAGGCUGCACUACCUAUCCUCGUAUUUGGUAAUGAUAUGGUUGAACAAUUCUAUUCGAGACAAUUUCAAGAUCGCGAAGAUGGCUUGAUAAGCUUGCGAAAUUUCUUAAAAGGCAUAGAUCCUGAGCAACCGAAUACAAACAGCAAAUCCAACUGCAAUUCGGGUAGCGAGAGUACGGCUGGGCCGAAUAAGGUUGCGCGCAGCGCUGCACUUCUUCUCCACCGCGCCGUUCGUGAUGCUGUCUACUCAGUCUUUAGUCAAGCCACCGAAACGGUACGCGUGCUCUUUCUCGAAUAUGUGCCUGGACGCGUGUCCCAGAGUGAGGUGGCACGUUGUGUGGAUCGUUUGCUACCCGAACUCUUGGCCAAAUCUGGUGAUCCAUCAGCGCGCAUUCAUACACUCGCUCAACACACUAUACUCAGCAUAGCUGCCUGUCCGGAGGUGAUUGAACAGCAUUUGGUAGCGCCAGCGUUGUCGCGCAGCGUCAGUUCGGGCACACAUCCACGCCUGGCGCUCAGUCGCAUGCAAAUGCUGGAACAGCUGGUGCUCAGCCAAGGCAUUAGCACAGACAAGCACAGUGGUCUGACGUGUCGCGCCCUCUCCGAAUGCGGCUGUUCGGGCAUACAUCAUCCGGCUGAGCCGGUACGCAAAGUGGCCGAACGCAUACUGUUGUUGGUGUACAAAGUGAAUCCGCGUUUGGUGCGCAAGCAGCUGCCACCUGACGAUGAUAUAACGAGGCGCAAUCUGCUCUAUCGACAAUUGUUCACCGAAUUCGAUAAGCUAGAUUUGGAGCGUAAAAAGGAGAUGCUGGAGGCAAAUAAAUAUUCGGCACACAACUCCAGCGAUCCCACAUCACCGCCUGCGCAUCGUGGCCGUACGGAAUUGGAGCACUUUCAGCAUGCUACGGGCAGUGGUGGCGCCAGUAGCUGCGGCGGUGGCGCUGGUAGUGGCAGCGAUAGUCGUGGCAGUCCUUAUGGUUAUAUGUACAGCACAAAAUCACCCGAUCCGCAAUCUAGUCCGAUGCGUCGCUCGGAGACGCGUAUCUUAAAGAGUAAGAGCGGUCAUGCGCUAGGCGGCACAAAUGGUUAUGCGAGUGGUGGUAGCUCUGGUGGUGGCGGUAAUGGAAGUGGUGGCGGUGGUGGUGUGGUUGGUGGUGCGGGUGGUUUCAGUGGCGGCACAUUUGCCAACUGUAAUGGCAAGCAGCAGUAUAACGAACAAUUGAAGCGCUCCAUGAUAUCGGCAAGCAACUCUAGAAAAGGAUCUAAUUCUAAUUCGAAUUCUGAAUCGUUGGAGGAGCCACCCGACUUGAUACAUUGCCCAUUCUGCGAUUGGUGCUGCAGUAGCAGCGAUCAGUCACAAUUGGAUCGACAUUACUGGAAGUCAUGUCCUUUUCUAACAAAGUGCCCUCAAUGUAGCCAAGUUCUAGAAGUGGCGGCUAUGAAUUAUCAUCUGACAAAGGAAUGUGAGGCAAAGGACAGCUAUGUGAUGUGUGAGCGCUGCACAGAAUCGGUUCACAAGCAGUUGUAUGAUUUACAUCAAAUGGAGGACUACUGCCGAGAACUGAAAACGGGCGCUGCUCGUUGCCCACUGUGUCAUGAUGACGUACACCUGCCAUUGGAUGGUGGUUGGAAAUUACAUUUACUGAGCUCGACAGGUUGUCCUGGCAAUACAAGGCGACGUGCAAAAAAAUCAAACUAACUUUAAUGUUUAGUAUAAAAAAAAAAACAGACUAUAAUGUUUAGUA